CGCAGCCACCGCGCGCAGUAAGGAGUGGCACUUUUUAAAAGUGCAGCCCGGAGGCCCGCCCGCAGCCGCCGAAGCCUCGGUCUGAAGUGCGGUGCCCCCCGUCCCGGCCGCGCGUCCUCCCACUGCCACACCAGUCCGGCCCAGGCCAGUCUAGCCCGCACCAUGCCGGUCAAAGGAGGCACCAAGUGCGUCAAAUACCUGCUCUUCGGAUUUAACUUCAUCUUCUGGCUUGCCGGCAUUGCAGUCCUUGCUGUUGGACUAUGGCUCCGAUUCGACUCUCAGACCAAGAGCAUCUUCGAGCAAGACAGUCAGCCUUCCAGCUUCUACACAGGAGUUUAUAUUCUGAUUGGAGCUGGUGCCCUCAUGAUGCUGGUGGGUUUCCUGGGCUGCUGUGGGGCCGUGCAAGAGUCCCAGUGCAUGCUGGGAUUGUUCUUUGGCUUCCUCUUGGUGAUAUUUGCCAUUGAGAUAGCUGCGGCCAUCUGGGGAUAUUCCCACAAAGAUGAGGUGAUUAAGGAAGUCCAGGAGUUUUACAAGGACACCUACAACAAGCUGAAGUCCAAGGACGAGCCCCAGCGGGACACCCUGAAAGCCAUCCACUUCGCGUUGAACUGCUGUGGUCUGGCUGGUGGAGUGGAACAGUUUAUCUCCGACAUCUGCCCCCAGAAGGAUGUUCUGUCAACCAUCGCAGUGAAGCCCUGCCCUGAGGCCAUAAAAGAGGUCUUCCACAACAAAUUCCACAUCAUCGGCGCGGUGGGCAUCGGGAUUGCCGUGGUGAUGAUAUUUGGCAUGAUCUUCAGUAUGAUCCUGUGCUGUGCUAUCCGCAGGAGCCGAGAGAUGGUCUAGAGUCAGCUUGCCCCCUCUGAGCAGGAAGGUCCACCCCUAAAGAUUGUUGGUUAUUUUCUUGCAGUUUUGGUUUUUUUGUGUUUUGGGGGGUUUGGGGGGUUUUGUGGGGUUUUUUGGUGUUGUGUUGUUUUUGUUUUUUGACUUUUUUUUUUUUUUUGCCACUAACCUUAGUAUUCAUUCUGCAUUUCUAAACAAAAAAGUUAUUCCAUGUUUGUCUUUUUAAUGCUUUAUUCAGUAUUGAUAUUUGUAGUUGAGAAAUUUGGGGAUUUGGUUUGCUUUGGUUUAUAUUUUUUCCGUUCGUUGUUUUUGCUUAUUAUGUUAAGCAGAAAUCCUGCAAUGAAAGGUACUAUAUUUGCUAGACUCUAGACAAAAGGUAUUGUACAUAAAGAGAAUUUUUUUGUCUUUAAAGAGAUAAAAAAAAACGUCUAUCAAACUUAAUCAGGUUGUAACUUAUGUUGAAGACAAUUUGAUACAUAAUAAAUAAAUGAUGAUGACAAUAUCCUG